AAAAAAAAAAAGAACUUCCGCAGUUUGGAAAACUUAAACGCGGAAGAAGGUGGCUGCUUCGAUUUGACUUGAGAGACGGGGUUUAAAAGGAGCCUUGUGCCUGUUAUUUCUCCAGGAAGAUGAGGGAGAUGUUGGGGGUUUUUCUGGCCCUUUUGUUGGUUUUCCAUCAUGCUGCAGCUGUAGCUGUGGAGGUCUAUGAGGGGGCUGAGUCUGUGGUGCUGCCCUGUCCUGUCCAUCAUCGUAAUAGGACUUAUUUGUCAGUGGUGUGGCGCCGUGAGGAUCUCAAUCCCCCAACGGUCCACUAUAAGGAGCAGAGAAAUGAUCGGAAAAACAACCAAAACCAACAGUACAGAGGGCGUACAUUAGUGAGUGAUCCACUGCAGCAGCAAGGAGCUGCCAGCCUCACUCUGAUUAAACCACGUGUCAACGACAGCGGCACCUACACCUGCAUCCUCCGCAGUUUGGGUACAGAACUGAACCGGACCGAAGUACAGCUGCUGGAUCAAAGGUCAGGACAUCACUGUAGAUACAGUUCAGAGGUCACUGCUUAGAGCUUCAGAAACACA